AUGGCUGACAGCAAGAAGGUGGCUGUGGCCGGCGGCAAGGACCGCUUCGAGGACCUCCCGGAGCAUGUGCUCGAGCUGCUGCUGUCGUUCCUGGACGCGCGAGAUGUCGUGAGGACGUCCGUGCUCGCUCGCCGCUGGCGCGACCUCUGGAAGUCCGUGCCGGUCCUGCGCUUCCGUCCAUCUUCCAAGUUCGGAUGUGCUGAGAACUUCAACAACUUUGUUAAUAAAGUGCUUGAGUGCCGUAAAUUCCCUCCUGUCCGUGUGUCCGCCCCGUCGGCCAUUGCCAACCUCGACCCCGGCUCUGUCCGCAACCUGCAGACUGUCUCCUGCUUCCUCCUUGACCCCGUCACCGACCCAUUCGCAACCUUGAUGCCUCUCGUCGUCCCUGACCCCGUCAUCGUCGCCGCCAUCUUGGCUACAGCUCAUGCCAGUGAGCCAGUCGCCCCCGAGCUCCUCAGCUCAUGCCCUGUCCUUUCUUUGGAGAUUUUCAGCUGUGGUCUUGUUUAUAGGCAGCAGAGCACAGCCAGGCUCACCCUCAAGAAGACACUCUCGAGCACCACGCUACUGGCUUUACUGAAUCAGAGCAAAUUCAUAGGUUGUGCAAAGAUCCUUGUGACCUCACACUCGACUGCCCCUAAGAGCAAGUUGAAGGCGGUGUAUUAG